AUGAGUUGGGCUUUAGAGGAAUGGAAAGAAGGUCUGUCUACCCGAGCCCUUCAGAAAAUUCAAGAGCUCGAAGGGCAACUCGACAAACUAAAGAAAGAAAGACAACAAAGACAAUUUCAGCUAGAAUCUUUGGAGGCUGCCCUUCAGAAGCAAAAGCAAAAGGCUGAAGAUCAAAAAAAUGAAGGGGCAUCCCUCAAACGGGAGAAUCAAAGCUUGAUGGAAACAUGUGAUAAUCUGGUGAAAAUGAAGCAGAAGAUUUCUCAUGAGCUUCAAGUCAAGGAAUCACAAGUGAAUUUCCAGGAAGGACAGCUAAAUUCAAGCAAAAAGCAAAUAGAAAAAUUGGAACAGGAACUUAAAAGAUGCAAAUCUGAACUUGAGAGAAGCCAACUAGCAGUGUUGCCAGAUGUCUCGGCACUGAACAGUACACCGCAGAAGAAUUGUGCUACUCCCAUACAAUCAAGUCAUCAAAGUGGUUCCAAGAAUAAAGAACUGCAAGAAAAAUAUAAUAAAGAAGUUGAAAAACGAAAAAAGUUAGAGGAAGAAUUAAAAGCAUUACAAAUGAAGAAAGCAAGUAAGCCAGUUCCCCCAAGCACCUUGAGUCAUAGGGAAAUUGCUCGGCAUCAGGCUUCUUCAUCAGUGUUCUCAUGGCAACAAGAAAAGACACCUACUCGUCAUUCAUCCAGUGCUCAAGAAACUCCCCUUAAGAGAAGUUUUACUGCCUUACAAAUUCCUUGGGAACAAGAAACACCACCUAAUAGGAAGUCAAGUUGGCAAACGGAGAGGAAAGAUGCUAGUUGCAGUUUACAUGAGAACCAAAGUAAUCUUAACCUGCUGGAUCAGUUAAAAGCCCAGAAUCAAGAGUUAAAGUGCAAAGUUAAUGAAUUAGAUCGUCAACUGCAAGCCCAAGAACAUGACAUAAAAGGAUACAUGAAUAAAUUACAAGAAACACAGUUCCAACUAGAGAAAACAAAAUUGGAGUUAACAGAAAAAGACAAAGUUUUGAACAAAACUGGAGAUGAACUGAUGAGAUUAACAUCACAGUUGGAUCGGGUAACAGCCAAGUAUACGAAAUUGGAACAAAAAUUGAAAAAAAUGUCUGAAGAUUUGAAUUGUCAAAGACAAAAUGCAGAAAGUACCCGAUGCUCUUUGGAGCAGAAAAUCAAGGACAAAGAUAAGGACUAUCAGGAGGAACUCUCACAUCAACAACGUACUCUCCAGAUGCUAGACCAGGAAAACACUCAGAUAAAAGCCAAACUAAAUCAAGAGUUACAGCAGGCCAGAAGUACUCAAAACAUAUUGCAGGCUGAACUUGAUAAAGUGGUAGUGAUGAAACAGCAGCUGGAGAAAAAUUCAGAUGAGUUUAAGCAGAAGCUCUGCAGAACUGAACAAGCAUUGCAGACAAGCCAGACAAAGGAAACCGAGCUGAGGAGGAGUGUGGAGGAAAUGAUGCAGGAAAAACAACUUUUCAGCCAUCAGUUAGAUGAAAAAACAAGAGAAGUCAACCAAAUGGAGGAAGAACUCAAAAAAACGAAACUUUGUUUAAAGCAGAGUCAGAAUCUUGCAGAAGAAAUGAAAGAUAAGAAUGCCACUCAAGAGGAUGUUUUAAAAGCUCUACAAGAAAAAAUAAGUCAACAGGAAAAAUCUUCAAUGUUGGAGCUGGCAGUGGCAGAUCUGGAAAAGCAACGGGAUUGUUCUCAAGAUCUGCUGAAAAAAAGGGAACAUCAUAUUGAACAGCUGAAUGAUAAAUUACAUAGCACACAGAGAGAGUUAGAAGAGUUACGGAGUACCUUGGGAUUAAAGGAGAAGGAAUGUGAAGAACUGAAAAAAGAGACAAUUCUAUUUUCUCAGUGGAAAAAUGAAAAAGAGCAACUUUUGAAUCAGCUUUUGUUAGAAAAGGAAGGCCUGCAAAGCACAAUUAGUAAUUUGGAAAUAUGUCUGAAGACUCAGCAUGUGAAGAGUCACGAUGCUAAUGAAAGUUUCAAAAUAAUGGAAACAGAAAAAGAAAAAUUAGGCUUAGAGAUCAGAAAUCUUCAGAAUGCAAUAGAAGGAAAAAAUACAGAAUUAGAAGCACAGAAACAAGCCUAUGAAGAGCUCCAGAAAAAGGCUGAAUACUCAGAUCAGAAAUAUAAAAAGGAAGUAGAAAAUCUCUCCUUGAAAAUAGUUCAGUUAACUACAGAAGUUGAACAUCUGAAACAAAAACUACAGUUACUCUCCAGUGAAAUAAUAGGGAAAGAUCAGCGUUAUGAAGAAUUGCAUAUACAAUAUGAAAAAAUCAGCAGUUUAGUAAAAUCUGAAAAUUCUUCUCAAAUGAUGAAUGAAGAUUACUGUGGUAGGGAUCUCUUGAUCUUAGAGCAACCAAUAUUGAGUAAUUCUAUUUCAAAUAUACUUGAAAUUCAAGGAAGCCUUCCUUUAGAACAGGGAAGUAAGAGAACUAAAUUAUAUUCAGAAGACCCGAGUAUGGAAAAUGCUGCCAAAUUGCAACAUAAAGUUUCUUCAUUUGAGUUUUCAGCUGACUCUCAAAAUCAGAUGAAUGCAGAUUUACAAAGGCAUUGUGAAGAGUUGGUGCAAAUCAAAGGUGAAUUAGAAGAAAAUCUGAUUAAAGCAGAACAUACACAUAUAAGUUUUAUGGCUGAAACAAACCUGUGCAUUAAUAAGUUACAAGAAAGCAAUUCCCAUCAUAAAGUCUUUGAAGAAACUUUAAUUGCCCUUGAGAACAAGGAUAAACAGUUACAAAAGUUGAAUGAACAAUUGGAAUAUGGACAAGCAGAGAUUAAUGAUUUAACAACCAAAAAUCAAUUACUCAAAGAGUCAGUAAAGAAGCUACAGUUACUGUCUGAAACCCUGAGUUCUGAAAAAGAGGAAAUUAAUUCAGUUCUCUUUCAAAACAAGAAAGAAAUUGAAGAACUGAUCCAAGAAAAUGGCAAUCUUAAGGAAAUUAAUGCAAUUUUAAAUACAGAAAAAAUGAACUUAAUACAAAAAAAUGUUAGUUUUUCAAACUGCUUUAUUGAAAGAGAGAAAAAUAUUUCAGAGCUAUCUGAUAGGAGCAAAGAGGAAGAACUUUUGGUAAAGAGAUGUGAAGAAGCUGAAAAGGGACUUGAAGUUCUUAAAGAAAAAUAUAAACUUAUGGAGGAAAAAAACAUUGAAUUGGAAUAUAUCUUAAAGGAACAUACUACUACUAGUCUUUGUGGAAAAGGAAACAAUGAAUUAAAAGAACUAGAAGAAGCUUUUGCAAGAGAAUAUAAAGAUUACUUGAGCAAGCUGGCUUUGGCUGAGGAGAAAAAUGAGAAAUUAACUUCUGAAAUGGAGACAAUGCAGUGUAGACUGAGAGCUGAGGUUGUGGCUAUUCAGAAUACUUCAAAGAUUGAAGCUGAUGGCUUAAGACAAGAAAUAUCAAAUUUCAAAGAUGAACAAACCAAAAUGCAAGAACAACAUCAUUUCUUGCUUCAAGAGAAUGAUCGACUAAUGAAAUUAGUUAAGGCAAAGAAUGUUCAAAUGAAUGAAUUGGUUCUUACUAGCAGCCCAGCUUCUAAACAAAUCAGCAAGUCUGUAAAUGAAUUAGAUAAUCUUGAGGUAACUCAGAUUGAAAUGUUUCAUUUGAAUCUUGAAGCUAAAGACAGUUUUUUAAAUACUCAUAAUGCACAAGUGGUACCACUUGAGCAAGUCAUUGAACAUAUGGAACUAAGACUUAAAGAAAGUGAAAAGGAGAAAGAGGUCUUAAAACAAGAAUUAGAAAUGAUCAAAAAAGAAUUAGAAAUUAGAGAUUCAGAGGCAAUGGAAGCUAAGCAAUCUGAUCAGUCAUUUGAAACUAGUAACUAUGAAGACUGUAAAAGAGAAAUGGAUGAAAAAUAUAUUUCAGUUCUUCAUGAACUGUCCACAAGCCAAAAUGAUAAUGCACAAUUGAUGACUUCACUGCAGACAACAGUAAAUAAACUAAACGAAUUAGAGAAAAUGUGUGAAAUUUUACAAACUGAGAAGUUAGAACUGACAUCUGAACUGAAUGAUUCAAAAUCAGAAUGUAUCUUAGCAACUACCAAAAUGGCAGAAAAAGUAGAGAAACUGGUAAAUGAAGUUAAAACGCUAAAUAAUAAAAACAGUGAUCUUUCUGGUGAACUUAUGAAAGAGAAUAGUAAAGAUGAAUUUGGGGAACAAUUUGAUCAACCAAAGUCUAUUUGCUUGGAACUUAUAGAGGGCAGAAUUGAAGGUGGUGAUGAUUAUGAACAUUUGAAACUGUCAAACAAAGAAGUUCAAAUGCAUUUUAUUGAGUUACAGGAAAAAAUUUCAUCUUUACAAAUUGAACACAGAAUUUUACAUGAACAGCAUUGCCACAUGAGCUCUAAGUUGUCAGAGCUACGUUCUUACACUGACACAUUAAAGGCUGAAAAUUCUGUAUUGUCAGUGAAUCUUAAAAACAUGCAAAGUGAUUUGAUUAAGCAGCUCACUCCUGAUAAAGAAGAAUUUGUGGUUGAGGAAGGUGAGUCUUUAUCCUCCUGUAUGAAUGAAAUAGCCAAUCUUACAAGUUUUGUGGAAUCUUCUUUUUAUAAGGAUUUAUUUGAAGAAGGAAGAGAAAUACCUCCUUUAAACAGUUUAGAAGAGACUAUUUUAGACAAUCAAUCCAGUGCUAAUAUUGAUGAAGGCCCUUGUAGCAGUCUUGAGGCAGACAACAGAACCAAGAAAAUUACUAGAUUUGGUCCCAGUUUGAAUAUUGAAGAAUUUGAAACACUUUGCCAAAGUUACCAGAUAUCAAUCAAGAAUCUUGAAGACAAAUAUGAAAAUCAGAAAAUUAUGAAAGAUAAAGAGAUUCAGGAGCUAAAAGAACUCGUAUGUUCUGAAAGAAGUGAGCUAGAAUUCCUCAGAAAGCAGUAUUUAUCAGAAAAUGAACAGUGGCAAGAGAAACUGGCAAAUGUGACUGUAGAAAUGGAGUCAAAAUUGGCAGCAGAAAAGAAACAAACUGAGUACUUGUCACUUCAACUUGAAGUAGCAAGGCUUCAACUUCAAGACCUUGAAUUAAGUUCUCGUUCAUUCCUUAUUGCUGAAGGUGAAGAUGUAAGUAUGUUAAAAAACAAUAUCUUGGAUAAAGCAGAAGAACAUGUUUCAUUCAUCCAUGAAAAGAUAAUUAAAAGUGACAGACUACAAAUUUAUAAUAAAAAUGUUCAAGAAACCUUUAAUUUGGAGUGUGAGGAAAUAGCUGAAAUUGAGGGUAUCAGCUCUGUAGCAGUAUAUUCCAGGGAAGCAAACUUAGAAAAUGAACAAAGAAGUUCAUCAGAUAAAACUCAUUCAGAAUGCAUUCCUGAAUUAUCAUUUUCUAGUAAUGAUACUUUGGCUGCUAUGGAUUUCCUAGAGAAUCAGGUACUCAUUCAGAAUCUACAAUUUAAAGUGAAAGAAAUUUCAAAUGAAAACUUGAAGUUAAUCCAGGGCAUAGAGGAAAGUGACAAAAAAGUUGACAAACUGCUCAGUGAAAUCAAAGAAUUAGAUUACAAGGUGGAUUUACAAAAGGCUGAAUUAACUGCUAAGAUUUGUAUGUGUUCAGAAUUAGAAAAAGUAAUUCAGGAACUUCAGAAAGAAAAAUCAGAUCUGAAUGAGAAACUGGGAUUUCUUUCUUAUGAUAACCAACAAUUACUUCAAAGAGUAACAUCUUUGGAAAACUUAAAUUCUGGUUUGGAAAUGUGCAAAGUUAUAUCCACAGACACUAAAGAUGUUGAAGAUGAUGUAGCAAUGGUGAAUAAAAGCUGGAAAGAACAAUUCCUUGAAAUUGAAAAUGAAUUCAAAAAGGUAAAAUCUGAAAAAAACAACAUUGAGAAUCAUGCCUUCUCUCUUGAAGCUGACUUGGAAAGUCUUCAAACAAAGAAUCUCUGUUUAGAAAAAGAUAAUGAAAAUAAACAUAAAAUGAUAUCCAAUCUUGAAGAACAGCUUUCUCUAGUCAUUUCUGAGAGAAACCAACUUAAUGGAGAACUAGACAUUCUAUUAAAGGCAAAACUGAAAAUUGAAGAAAUAUGUGAUGAAUUGAAGGAAAGAAUAAAAGUACUUGAAUCAAAUCAAAGGGAAUCUUUGCAACAUAUACAAGUAGUAGAGAGUGAGGUAAGAGACAAAAAACAACUCCUUCAGACCAUGUCAUCAGACGUAAACCAAAUAUUAAAAGACAAAGAUUAUCUUCAAGAACAGCUUCAGAAUUUAGAACAGGAUAACCAGAUGCUUAGUUUGUUAAAAGAUGGUUUGAAAAAUGAAAUUAGUCAAUUGACUGAUGAGAAAGAACUAUUUCGAAGAGAAUCAGAAAACCUACAAGCCAAGUUGAAUGACGUAGAAGCAGAAAAUGUAAACCUUUCUAGGGCCUUAGAGGGUUCUCUAAUUGAGAAAGGUGAGAUUGCAGCAAGAUUGAAUUCAACACAAGAAGAAGUACAUCAGUUGAAAAAUGGUAUAGAAAAACUAAAAGUCCGCAUAGAGGCUGAUGAAAAGAAAAAACACCAUGUUUUAGAAAAGCUGAAGGAAAGUGAACGUAAAGCUGACUCAUUUAAGGACAAAAUUGAAGCACUUGAAAGAGAAUUGCUGAUGUCAGAAGAAAAUCAAGAAGCAAUCAUUCUUGAUGCUGAGAAUGCAAAGUUUGAAUUAGAAACACUGAAAACACAAAUGGAAGAGUUAACUAAAGGCCUAAAAAGUUCAGAAUUGGAAUUAUCUGCUUUACGCUCAGAAAAAAAUAGGACAGAAAAAGAAAAUAUAUUGAAAGAGUUACAAGAAAAACAAGGUCAGGUAUCUGAAUUGGAACAGUUGGCUCAUACCUUAAGUUAUUUAAAAUCAGAACUAGUUGCAUUAAAAUCAGAAAAAGAAAUUGUUUUGGAAGAACUACAAGAAAAAGAAAAUCGAGUGUCUGAAUUAGAAGAGUUGAUCCAAAACCUUAGCUAUGGAGAAACUGGAGUUGUGACUGUAAUUUCAGAAAAAGCAAACAUGUUGAAAAACCUUCAAGAAACUCAGAACCAAACUUCUGAAUUAGAAGAGUGGACCCAGACUCCCAAAUGUUUAGAAUCAGUCACUUUAAGGUCAGAAAAAGAAAAUAUGCUGAAUGAACUACAAGAAAAACAAGCUAAAGUAUCUGAAUUAGAGGCACUGAACCAAACACUAAAACAUUUGGAAACAGAGCUUAUUGCUGUAAAGUUGGUAAAAGAAAAUUUAUCAAAAGAACUGCUGCAAGAAAAGCAAAGUAAAGUGCUUGAAUUAGAAAAAUUAAGUACAAAUCUAAAACUUUCUGACACAGAAAUUCUUGCAUUAAGAUCUGAAAAAGAAAAUGCAUUGAAAGAACUACAUGAAAAUCAAAGUAAAGUGUCUGAAUUCUUAAAGUAUGUGGAAAGUAUUGUUUCCUUAAAGUCAGAAAAAGAAAAUAUGUCUAUUGAGCUACAAGAGAAUCAUAAUUACCUAUUAGAAGAGUUGACCAAAACCCUAAAAUCUCUGGAGAUGGAGGUGGUUAUUUUAAGGGCGGAAAAAGAAAACAUGUCUAAAAACCAGCAAGAAAAUCAAGUGUCUGAAGUAGAAGAAUUAACUCAAACCAUGAAAUAUUUAGAAUCAGAACUUGUGGCAUUAAGGACUGAAAAAGAAACUAUAUCAAAUGAAUUACUUAAAGAAAAGCAAAGUCGAGUGUAUGAAUUAGAGAAGUUGACCCACUCUCUACAGUUUUUGGAAACUGAAGUUGCUUCUUUAAGAUCAGAAAAAGAAACUAUAUCAGAGGAACUGUAUAAAAAACAGGGUCAAAUGUCUGAAUUAGAAGAAUUGAUUGAAAACUUAAAAUGUGUAGAAACAGAGGUUGUUGCCCUACGGUCAGAAAAAGAAAAUGUACUGAAAGAAUUGAAGGGAAAACAAUAUCAUGUUUGCCAAUUAGAAGAGUCGAUCCAAAUCCUGAAAUGUUUGGAAAAAGAAGUUAUUGUCUUAAGGUCAGAAAAAGAAAAUAUACUGAGAGAAUUGCAAAAAAAUAAUUAUCAAAUUUUUGAAUUGGGAGAAUUAGUUGAAAUGCUAAAAUGCUUAGAUUCUGAACUUAUCACUAUAAGGCUAGAAAAAGAAAAUGUUUUGAAAGACCUACAAGAUAAGCAAAAUCAAGUGUCUGAAUUAGAAGAGCUAAUCAAAAGCUUAAAAUGUUUGGAAACUGAACUUGUUUCCUUAAGGUGUGAAAAAGAAAAUAUGUCAAAAGAAUUAAAAGAAAAGCAGAGACAAGUGUCUGAAUUGGAAGAGUUGGUCAUGAGCCUAAAAUACUUGGAAACUGAAGUUACUUCCAUAACUUCAGAAAAAGAAAAUAUGUUGAAAGACCUACAAGAAGAAAAGCAGGCUCAAAAGUAUGAAUUAGAAGAGUUGUCUAUAAACCUAAAAUGUUUGGAAACUGAACUUGUUUCCUUAAGAUCAGAAAAAGACAACAUGUCAAAGGAGUUACAAGAAAAACUGGCUCAAGUGUCUGAAUUGGAAGAGUUGACCAAAAGUCUAAAGUCUUUGGAACUUGAAGUUGCUUCUUUAAAGUCAGAAAAAGAAAAUAUGUUGAAGGACCUACAAGAAAAGCAGGCUCAAAAGUGUGAAUUAGAAGAGUUGACCAUAAACCUACAAUAUUUGGAAUCUGAAGUUGCUGCUUUAAGAUCAGAGAAAGAAAAUAUGUUGAAAGAUUUACGAGAACAACAGGAUCAAAUUUGUGAAUUAAGAGAGAUGAAUACAAAUCUAAAAUGUUUGGAAACUGAAGUUAUUUCUUUAAGGUUAGCAAAAGAAAACAUGUCAAAAGAGUUACAAGAAAAGGAGGGUCAAUUGUCUGAAUUAGAAGAGUUGACCAAAAAUCUGAAAUCUUUGGAAACCAAAUUUACUUCUUUAACAUCUGAAAAAGAGAAUCUUUUGAAGCAGCUUUGUGAAUUAGAGGAGUCAACUAAAAAUCUAAAAUGUUUGGAAACCGAAGUUAUUUCUUUAAGAUCAGAAAAAGAAAACAUGUCAAAAGAAUUGCAAGAAAGACAGAGUCAAACAUCUGAAUUAGAAGAGUUGUCCAGAAACCUAAAAUCCUUAGAGACAGAAUGUGCUUCUUUAACAUCAGAAAAAGAAAACAUGUUGAAGCAACUGUGUGAAUCAGAAGAGUUGACCAAAAACUUAAAAUGUUUGGAAACUGAACUUGUUUCUUUAUCAUCAGAAAAACAAAAUGUUUUGAAAGAACUACAAGAAAAGCAGGCUCAAGUGGCAGAAUUGGAAAUGUUAAAUGCUUCAUUUGAAAGUUUACUAGAAAAAAAGGAAGAGGAAAAGAGAAAACUUAAAGAAGAAUCUCAACAUGCAACAGAGUUGCUUCAAAAACAGUUGAAUGAUCUAAAUGAGAAAAUAGAAUCCUUUCAGGAAGAACACAAUAUACGUAAGGCCAGAGAACAGGAUCUAAAUUGUCAAGUGGAUUGUUUAAAGCAUGAGAAAGUUCACUUGCUGCAGCAGCUUGAAGAGACCAAAAAUAAUAAUGCCAUGCUGAAAUCUUCUAUGAAUGAUUUUAUUCAAGAAAUAGAAAGUAACAAACAAAAAUUAGAGAAAACAACUGAAGAAAAUGGAAUACUGCAAAAGCAAGUUCAGGACCUCAGAAAACUCACUUCUGUGUUGACCCAGAUGGAGGCAGAGCAGCAACUCUGGAAGAAAGAAAAAUCACAGCUGGAAAAUCUUACAGUUGAAUUACAGCAAAAGAUCCAAGAACUAUCCAAGAAUGAAACUUUGUAUAACAGUUUAGAAGCUCUGCAAAAUUCUUAUGCCAAUCUGGAGAAUGAACUUCAGUUGACAAAGAAGGAAAACUCGUCUCUUCUUGAAAAGAUAACUAAAGUUACAGAUAAUGAAGCUUUGCUCCAGCGUGAAAAGAAUGAGAUGAUGCAAAAGAUGGCAGUGUUGCAAGAAGAAUAUAAUGGAGAGAAAAACAGAUUUACUGACUACAUAAAAAUUAAAGAAGCAGAGAAGAGUAAAAUUCAUUUGGAUAAGCUAAUCCUGGAAAUGUGUGAACUGAAGAAGAGUUUAGAUUAUGUAGAAAAAGAGCUGAAGGAAAGAGAAGAGAAAGCAAGAUAUGAAAUAUCAGACUAUCAGUGUAGGCAUCAGGAUGCCAAUAAGAACUAUGAAACUUUACUCAAGAAAGCAAACAAAGGCAGCUGGCAUGAAGUGGAAAUUGAGGCUUAUCAAGAGAAACUAGCUUGUAAAGAACAGCAACUCAGCUCACACAAGUCAGAGAUGGAGAUUUUGAAGUCAAAUAAAGAAGAAUUAACUAAUUCUCUGAACUGCACUAGUAAGAUAUUAGAAGAUUUGAAGAAAACCAAGGUGGAAAAUAUGAAAUAUGUAACUCAGUUGAAGAAAGAGAAUGAAAAUGCUAGAGGAAAAAUACAGUUGUUGAUAAAAACCUGUAAACAGCUGGAGAACGAAAAGGAAGCACUACAGAAAGAAAUUAAUGACCUUGAAGCUCUACAAGAGAAUCAGAAACAAAAUAGUGCCACGGGUGUUAAUGUAGAAGAACUUAUGGCUGAGGUGAAAGAACUGAAAGAAGCAAUUGAAGGAAAAAAUAAAGAGACAGAUGAAUAUUUGGAUAAGUAUUGCAACCUUCUUGUUAGUUAUGAGAAGCUGGAAAAAGCUAAAAAUAUGUUAGAAUCACAGGUUACUCUCUUGAGUUCUCUGCAAGGAAAAAUUGCCUCUCAGUCUUCUCCUAUGCUUAAUUCUGUUGAUUCAAUGCACUGUCCAAGUCAAUCUGUUACUGAAAAGAAGACAGCCAGUCAUGGGAAAGUUCCAAGCAAGAGACCAAGUUCUCGUAUUGCCAAGGAAAGUGAUGGAGAUGCAUUGCCUUCUACACCAGAGACUUUUACGAAAAAGAUCAAGAAGGAGGUGACACCAAAAGGCAUCCCAUACUCCUUAAGGGGCUUGGAGAACACUCAGUAUGAGCCAGAAGGAUUACCAGAGGUGGUGAAGAAAGGAUUUGCUGAUAUCCCAACUGGGAAUACAAGCCCUUAUGUCCUUCGGAGAACAACCAUGGCCACAAAGACAAGGACCAGCCCUCGUCUUGCUGCACAGAAAUUAUCAACUCCAGAUCUACAGAAGAAACAGUCAAAAAAUCUAGUUGAGACUUUCAAACCAGCAGCUGGUGGCAGCAAAUCACAAAUGGCAAAAGAUGUCCAUCAGCACAAAGUGGAAUCGGUUGUGACAGGUGCAGAAACUAGCCCAAGAUCUCCUCUGUCUACAAAUAAUCUUUCAAAAAAACCUUUGGAUGAUGCAGCUAAAGAGAACAUGAGAACCAAGCGAGUCAAACAUUCCAAAGAAGUAUCUUGUAAGGUUCAAUGA